CUAGCGACACAUUAGCCUCACGCAUAGACGUGCGACUGUGGCUUGGGUCGGUGCACGGAAGCGCAUGGACAAAGUCGAGCCGACAGAGGAGGUAGCGAUGCCGAGACAUGCAAUAUAUAAGUGUGGCGCCCGGCGGGAAAUGCAGUGCGCUGCCGGGUGUGUUUGUGUUUAUCUCUUGGAGAGGUGCUCUGCCGUUCAGGAAAAUGUCGCGCCUUCUCUCUGCUCUUCUGGUGGUCGGUCUGGCAGCAGUUGCCAGAUCAGACGAGGAGUUUUACAGUGCGUCUGCGCCUCAGUAUUACCAGCCCCAGCACACGAGCAGUUAUAGCAACUACUACCCCUCCGGUCCGACCAGCUCUGGUGGCAGCAUCCUGGACAGUCUCCUGGGAGGCAACAGACGUCAAUUUGAUGUUCUUGGUGGAGGACUGGCUGGACCUCUGCUCAUCCUGGUCGGGAUUUUCGUGAUCGGCACUGGCCUUCUGGCUGGUGCGGCCUACAUUUCAACGGUCUCGUCCGGCCGUGGCCUGGACACGGACCAGUGGGAGGUGGACCACUCGGUCUGGAUGGAACAACUCAACAGAGAUUUCGAGGACUCGUGGAGCACAGAAUGAUGCGGGAGAGGUUGUUAGGAGAAUAGCUGUCUUGUUGUUAUGACUUUGACAAUGGACAAUCGACGGACGAAUAUGAAGACUUUUUCAGGUUUUAUUUCGAGCGAGUCGUUGUCGAACUACGCUGUCAUAUCACAUGUCUGUUUCAUUAGGUGCAAGUAAUGCCAGUUCUUUGUAAAUAUCGGCCAACAUUUUUUUCAACGGUUUUUUAUCAAGCUGACAGUGAGCCAGUCUCGUAUAUCUAUCGUUGUUGAAUGUCUGAGCCUUUUGAUUACGCUAUGUUUGGGGUGUUGGUAAAUUAUUUUACAUGUACCUACAUAUAUGCUGUUUUGUGCCAGAAAUCGUUAUAAGGAGAGCCAUUGUGAAAAACUCUUUUCAAAACAAGUGAGCUUUUGUCAACAAUAAGCUGACUUCGACGGUAAAUUGGCACCCCAAAGAUGUAAAACGUUUUGAAAAUGACAUAACUACUCACGUUCCAUAUUCACUAGCUAAUGUUCACCGACGAAGACCAUGCUCAACUGUAACCGACAAUGCGCCUAGUUAUUUAUUGCUUACACGAAACGACGACUCAUUCACCCUUUUGCUCUUUCCAUAAAUCAUGUGUGUGCCUAACUGUUCACGCUGGUACACUUGACUGUUGUGAUCUGCUGUGUUACAAACCACCGUUUAACUGAUGUUUGUUUUAAAGUGCUCAUUAUUGUUUUGUAUUGUUAUUUGUUGCAUGUUUCUUAUAUAGACAGCAAGGUGUACAUUUCUGGGAUGGUUCAAUUGACGGGUCUUGCCAAUAUCGAAACUUGUGUGCGUCUCGUGGAACUGUUCUUCACUAAUGCAGUGUGCAGGAAUACAACACAGACUGCUAUA